AUGGCAAUGGUAAUAGAUGAUCGGUUAAAGGUCUGGGAAGACAUUGAUCAACCUCGAGUUCAUGUAGUUCCUGCAUUUACUCCUUAUUAUGCUCCUCAAGCAGAGAUUAUUUAUGAUUGCAUUGUGACAUGUUAUGUUUAUAGAGAAUUUGAUGAGAUCUUAAUACGAAGAAUGUCUGAUGUCUUUUAUGAAGACGAGGUGAAAAGCUUACCUCCUACACCUGAUGUGAGCAACUACAUGAUGACAGAGGAUAGUGGUUUCGUACCCAAUGGCAAUAGCAAUGCUCCCUUUGGUGAAGGAAUAAGUGGCAUUGAAGCUGAACGGAGAUUGCAGCAGUCAGAUGACAGGAAUGUUAUGGACUCGGUCACUCAUUCUAUAACAAACAGUACUGAAUUGAGAUCUGAAAUAUCCCAACCUCCUGUGGCAAUAAUUCCGAAUGUUGUUGGGCCGACCUUAUCAGCAACACUCUUGCCUUCUCAGAAGCCUAGUUUACUUGGUGCUCCUAUUAGACGAGAUUUAAGGAAUCAAAAUUCAGGUCAACCCCCUCUUCUUUCUAGAGUAGCUGCAGCAAUGCCAUCACCCUCUCUACAGACACAGGGAGGCUGGUUGGUGGAAGAAGAUAUUGGCAGAGCACAAUCAAAUAAUCGACCUUCAGCAAUAACUCAAGAAUUGGAUUCUUUAAAAUCUGAUAAGCUGAGAGGACAGCAUAAUCCAUUUGCUUAUGGUGCGUCAGCCUCUGCUCCAUCUGCUUUACUCUCACAUGCUUCAGAAUUGAAGGGUGAAGAGGCUGUUGCUGGACAUGACAUGCAUAAACAGAGUCUUCCUGCUGGAGAGGUUGGCAUGUCUCAGAAUCAUGUGUCCUCUAAUAGCAGCGAGUUUCAAGCUGAAGCUGGGAAAUUCAACCUGCUACCAUCACACUUGUCUAUUGGAGUGCUGCAAGAAAUUGGACGGAGAUGCAGAUCCAAGGUGGAGUUCAAGUCUGUUGUAAGCACCAGUAAGGAUUUGCAAUUCUCUGUUGAGGUUUUGUUCACUGGUGAGAAGAUAGGUGUUGGAAUGGGUAAAACAAGGAAGGAUGCACAGCAGCAAGCAGCUGAGAAUGCCCUUCGCAGCUUGGCAGAAAAAUACGUAGCAUAUGUUUCACCCCAUUCUGGUGCUGUUGGUCACGAUUUUGAUAAGCUUUCUAUUGGGAACGAGAAUGGAUUUGUAUGGGACAGUACAAAUCCUGGAUCAAGUGAUGUGGUACGAGAAGAUGGGUUAGCUAACGAACGUCCUCCCGAGGUUGCUGAUGCUGAACUCGGGAUUACAUCCAAUAUGGUACAUAAUCAACAGCAGAAGCGUGCCAACUCCCCCAGGUAA